GUUGGAGGAGUAGUAGUAGGCAAAGAAAAAAUUUGGAUGAUAACAUACGCAGACGACAUCGUUUUAUUGGAAGAGAGAGAAGCGGAACUGAAAGAGAUGAUGAAGAGAUUCAGAAAAUACUUAGAGAAGAAGGAGCUGAGCUUAAGCGCAGACAAAUCGAAAGUAUUGGUUUUUGAAAACAGAAGAGGAAGAAGAAAGAAGAGAGAAUGGAAAUGGAAAGAAGAAAACAUAGAGGAAGUCAAGGAGAUAAGAUAUCUUGGCUACACGCUACAAAAAAACGGAGGCACGGAGAAACAUACAAGGGAAAGACUGCGAAGAGCAACAAUAGCGAUGAAAAGGACAUGGAGCAUAGGAGAAAGAAUAUUCAAAGAAGACUUUAGAAGAAGAAUAAAAGUAUUAGAAGCACUAGUAGGAAGCGUGGCCCUAUACGGGGCAGAAGUAUGGGGCUGGAGAGACGAAAAAACAUUAGACGGAAUAAAAAAGAAAUAUGCAAAAUGGAUAUUAAAUCUGGACAGAGGAACACCGAAUUAUAUACUGCUGGAGGAGACAAAAAUGGAAGAGAUCAGAAUACAGGCGAUCAAAAGAGCACUCAGAUAUGAAGAAAAAGCGAGACAAUCAGAGAAGAAAAUAGUGAAGGAAUGCAUAAGAGAUCUGGAAAAGAGACGGCCAGAAGCGGGAAAAGGAAAAUGGGAAAGAAAGAGGAAAAAGAUGUUAGAGGAGGCAGGAAUAAACAAAGAACAAUUAAGAAGGGAAAGAGAAGCAGGAAACGAGGAAAUAACAGAGAACAUCCUGAAAGAAUUAAAAACUAGAGAGAGCAGAAGAAGACAAAAAAUAAAUGAAUCUAGAUAUAACAUUGACUACAAAGCGAUUAUACAGAAGAAAGACCAAAAUAUCUGGAGGGGAGGAGGAAGAAAAAAGACAGGUCUGAUAGCAAGAUACAGAUGCGGGAAUGAGACGAGAGGCAGUCAGUACUGGAGAGAGGAAGCAGAAAGAAGAUGUAGAAUUUGAAGAGAGAAGAAGAGAGUUUGUACCAUAUGAUGAAAGAAUACGAAGCAACAAAGAGUGAAAUGACGUUAGAAGAAAUCAUGAGAAGAAGGAAAGGGGCUACAAACGAUGAAAAGGAUAGAAAAAGUGAGGAUGGAGCCGACCAGAAAGGAGAAAGAAGAGAGAAAAAACAGCAAGAAGAAAGAAGCAAAAGGAAG